CUGAUAGGUAGAAGACUUAUCUUGGAGCUCUGGUGAUAACGAAGUGAUAAUAAUAUCUAGGAGCAUAGGAAGACUUCGACUGUUUAACUGAACCCUAUCUUCUUUUUUCAAGUCUUUAUAAUUAUCAAGGAGAUUCAAGAAGUGAGGAGCUUGUAACUGUACCUCUACUCCUUCCGGAUCGAUGGCGAGGCUCAACUUAUUUUAUCUAUUUGUGACACUGUUAUUAUCAAUUAGUUUGAGGCCAUGUUAUGGUCUGCCGGAGAAGACGACAAGUGCUUUGUUCAUCUUUGGGGACUCCACUGCUGACCCUGGCAACAAUAACUACAUCAACACCACCGCCGGCAUGCGAGCGGAUUGGAAACCUUAUGGCCAGAAUGGUUUUUUUGAAGCCCCUACAGGACGCUUCUCCGAUGGCCGUGUCUUUGUUGAUUUUAUUGCUGAGUAUGCAAAAUUGCCGAUAAUUCCUCCAUUUUAUCAACCGUCUGCUGAUCUCACAAAUGGUGUUAACUUCGCCUCGGGAGGGGCUGGAGUUCUUCCUCAGACCAAUCAAGGGCUGGUGGUUGACCUCCAGACACAGUUAAGAUCUUUUGAAGAGGUGCAAAAGUCAUUGACAGAAAACCUAGGAGAAGCAGAGGCAAAAGCUCUUUUAUCAGAGGCAGUCUAUUUCAUCAGUGUUGGAAGCAACGAUUACGUGGCAGGUUAUCUAGGUAAUCCAAAAAUGCAAGAAUAUUUUGUGCCUGAAGUGUAUGUUGAGAUGGUCAUUGGAAACUUGACAAAUGCAAUUCAGGUGUUGUAUGAGAAAGGAGCCAGAAAAUUUGGAUUUCUCAGCUUGUGUCCUCUAGGUUGCAUGCCACUCAUGAGAGCUAGGAACCCCAAGUCCAGUGAAGGCGGUUGCUUUGAAGCAGCUUCUGGUCUUGCAUUGGCACACAAUAAUGCUUUGAAUGCUGUACUCACAAGCCUCGAGCAACUGCUGAAAGGUUUCAAGUAUUGCAAUCCUGAAUUCUAUACCUGGCUUUAUGACAGAAUUAAUAAUCCCGCAAGCUAUGGUUUCAAAGAGGGGGUGAAUGCUUGCUGUGGAACUGGACCGUAUAAUGGUGUCUACAGCUGUGGAGGCAAAAGGAAGCCCGUGGAGUUCCAGUUAUGCGAUAAUGCUGAUGAUUAUAUUUGGUGGGAUUCUGGCCAUCCAACAGAGAGGAUCCAUGAGCAAAUCGCCAAGACUUUAUGGAAAGAUGGACCUUCAGUAGGGCCAUACAAGCUAGAAGACCUCUUUUUCGACAAGGAAAAGCUCACAAUAGCUGAUUUAUUGGAUGCCCCUGAUGAAGAACACUUCCAAUACUGAAGUUCUGCCUGCCUUUAUAGUCCAAUCAACUUCUCAACGCCGUGUGGGUGUAAAGGAAUGCAUGUCCAUUACUCAGAGGGUGUCUGAGAGUGGCUUUCAUCAUUGCUAGAGUCAUUUUACCACAUACCAAACUGCCAUGUUGUAUGAAUAAAUGGAAAACGGCAUGUUUAUUGGUGUUAAUAAAGCAGCUACAAGGACUUGCCUAA